UCAUACAUUCAUGACAAUAUAUUCAAUUCCGGUGAAAAAGUUCUCGGAAAUAUUACACACUGUAGCUUUAAGGGAAAAAAGGCAGGUUCUGUCGCUCAGUCGGCAACAAGUGAUCCACACUGAACCCAACAUUACAAUCUUUGUAAACAUCCGGUUGCGCGCAAACCUGUGCCAGAGGUCCGACCUGAGCGGCAUCGAACCACCUCACGUGAGAAACUGUGCAGUCUUUAAUGAUUGAUCCCGGGGCUUGACGUGAUGAAUGUUAUGGGAUGAACGACUCGCUGGAGUGACAGUGAAGGGGCCUGUUCCGCGACCUGCGCCGUUAAUCUCCAAGGUUCGUUCUUUCGGAAGCGAGUUGCGCCGGUGGCCGCGAUGUUGGGCGCGUUGCAGAGGAGCCUGCGACCCGCGCUGAGUCGGGCUCGUCCGUGGAGGCGCGAGCUGCAGGUGACCCGCGCCUGCGCGGCGACCCCCGCCGCUGCUCUCCGCCUGCACGACGACCACCUCGUGGUCCACCACGAGGGGACCCCGAUCCGUCUGAACUACGUGUGGCUGCGGGAUCACUGCCGCUCCGCAUCCUCCUACAACUCCAAGACCAACCAGAGGAACCUGGACACCGUGAGCAUCGACCUGGACAUCCGCCCUGACUGCACAGCGCUGGAGGAUGGUCACCUCGUCCUCGCGUGGCCCGGUGGUCACGUGUCAAAGUACAGCCUGAGCUGGUUGGCUCAGAACAGCUAUGAGGGAAAGAAGAAGAGCAGCGUCCAGCCACGCAUCCUGUGGAACUCGGACAUCUACCAAAAUGCAAACGUACCGUCUGCCAAGUGGGAGACGUUCAUGAGCUGCGAUGACGAACUGAAGAAGUUUCUGCACAACUACCUUCUGUACGGGAUCGCUUUUGUCGACGACGUCCCCGCCACGGUGGAGGCCACAGAGGCCGUUUGCCAGAGGGUCAGUCUCAUCAGAGAGACCACAUAUGGAAGAAUGUGGUGCUUUACCUCAGAUUUUUCCAGAGGAGACACUGCCUACAGCCAGCUGGCCCUGGAUCGUCACACUGACACUUCCUACCUUCAGGAGCCGUGCGGCAUACAGGUUUUCCACUGCCUAAAGCACGAGGGGACUGGGGGGAAGACGCUGCUCGUGGAUGGAUUCCAUGCUGCGGAGAAACUACGGCAGCAGUCACGUGAAAACUUUGAGCUGCUUGCCCAUGUGCCCAUCAGGCACGAGUACAUUGAAAACUCUGACAACCACCGGAACCACAUGAACGGCAUCGGCCCCGUGCUCGACGUCUACCCAUGGAACAAUGAGGUUUACCUGAUCAGAUACAACAACUAUGAUCGAUCCGUGAUUAACACAGUGCCCCAUGACGUGGUCCAGCGAUGGUAUGUGGCAUAUCGGGAGUUGACAACAGAACUGAGGCGGCCAGAGAACGAGCUGUGGGUGAAACUGACUCCAGGGAAAGUGAUUUUCAUAGACAACUGGCGCGUCAUGCAUGGCAGGGAGUCCUUCACCGGCUUGAGGCAGCUCUGUGGAUGUUAUCUGACCAGAGACGACGUCCUCAGCGCUGCACGUGGCUUUGACCUGCAGGCCUGAUCCUGGACAUGUGAAGGUUGAUUCACUGCUGUGCCUUGUUGUUUAGAUAUUUAUAAAGGUUUAAUUAAAUCUGUGCUUCUUCGAGUCAGAAGAAUCUUAUCGAAAUC